AUGAAAACGAUUGAUUACCGUGGUGAUACACGUACUAGUAAGGUAAUUUAUUUUUGUCGUAGCAAGGAGGGACCACCCCGGUCUCAGGUCCACCGUCCUCGGGCCACGACUCCUUUCUUGCGCUCCUGGAAAGCCAAUCCUUCCUUCCCUCUUCUGACGCUUUUCUUCGCCAUCCCAGUCUCUCCUUCUCUUCCUCUCCUUUCCUCUCUUUUCUUGUUGUGUCAAAACGUGCCUACCCAAUCUGUGCACAUCCUUUCGCUGAAGGAACCAUCAUCAAACCGCUUCUCUUUCGUUGAAGCUCUAUCUUUCUUCCACUCGUUUAUUUAUCUUUGGAUCCCACCCCUCUUUCAACUCUUUGCGACUUUGCGCUACUGUUAUCUGGGCUAA